CCGAGUUUCUCGCAGACAAUGUCCGUCCCAAAUUUCUCCAAAACUCUGCAAUUCUCUGCAAUUCGGCUUGGCUAUCCCUCACCCUUCUCCUUCUUCUUCUUCAAUUGUUUCCUUCACAAUCACCGAUUUCUAGGGUUUCUCUUCCGAUACGUUUCGCUUAGGCACAAUUCUCCAUCAUUACCAGGAGGUGAAAAAUUUUCGAUCAAUGGCCAAUCGGAUGAAGGAAGACGAGAGAAUUGAAAGGAUUAUCCGUGGUCUUUUGAGGCAUCCUGAGAAUCGAAGAUGCAUCAAUUGCAACAGUUUGGGACCACAAUAUGUUUGCACAAAUUUCUUGACAUUCGUUUGCACAAACUGCAGUGGAGUGCAUCGGGAGUUUACUCACCGAGUAAAAUCAGUGUCAAUGGCCAAAUUCAGUGCAGAAGAAGUUAGUGCUCUUCAGGCAGGGGGAAAUGAGCGAGCAAGGCAAAUUUAUUUUAAAGAUUGGGAUCCUCAGCGCCAUUCUUACCCUGAUGGCAGUAAUCUUCAUAGACUCCGGGAUUUUAUUAAGCAUGUCUAUGUGGAUAGAAAAUACACUGGAGAGAAGACUAAUACUGUUGAGCUUCCAACACUGAGAUUGAAUGACAAGGAGUCUCAUAGCAGGAAGGUUAGUGCAUAUAGUGGUGGAUCUAGAAGCCCACAUUAUGAGAAAAGACACGAGCGGCGUCAUAGUGAAAGAUCUAGUCCUGUUCGAAGAAGUGUGGAUGGAAGUGUCAAAUAUUAUUAUGAUGAAAGAAGAAGUCCUCGAUAUGCCCAAGAAAAUUCAAGAUAUGGAGUUCCAAAGAGAAGUUCUGCCCGCUUUGAGGUUGUUGAUGACAGGUUUCGAGAUCAUGAGCAUGGAAGCCGUAGGUUCUCAAAUACAGAAUCCAAGCCAGGAAUCAGGUUACCUGACUCUCAAAAGAACAUGGAUAGGUCCCAUUCCCCAGUGGUACGCACUGUUAGAGAUAUUUUAGGAGACAAUAUUACUCCUCUACAGGUAGACGAACUUUCUAAAGCAACUGAUGGUCCUGCCCAUAAUCAGAAAAUCGCAUCUUGCGGUGACCAGGGUUCCACUGAUAGGAGUCCAGCAGAACAUAAAAGCAGAUACUCGGGAAGCUUGAUUGAUUUUAACCCUGAUUCUAAGCCCCUUGAUGCUGAAAGCAUACCACAGACACAGCAGGUGCCUCACUCAGAUAACAGUGGCUACUGGGCCUCAUUUGAACAUCCUGCAAUGGAGAAGGUGCAAGCUCCAAGUGAAAAUACUUUGGAAUCUUUAUUAUUCGAAUUGUCAGUACCCUCAGUUGUACCUGCUAGUAGCAACAUGUCUGAACGACCUAAUAAUGAUGCACUAUCACCAGCAACAGGAGGCAACAUCCCUGCAGGUGGUUUUUCGCUGGCUGCCAGUGUGCAGCAGAUGCCCACUAGUGCCAGUGGUUCUACAACUGUAUCGACUUCUAACAAUAUGGCAUUAGUUCCUUCUGAUGGAGAUUGUACCCCUAUCAUGCAGCAGAUGAGUCCAACUUUUGGAACUCCGAGUUAUCAGCCAUGGAUUUCCUCAACUCUACCUAAUAGACAAGGGCCUUUGAGUGCUUCUGCUGAACAAUCUUCUCAAGCUCUCUCAAAAUCAGAUCAAGGCACCAGUUCUGGAGUUGGAGCUGAACCUCUUUCAGUGGAAACCAAGCCUAGUGGAAGAAAGGAACUUCCUGCAGACCUUUUUACUGCAAGCUACUCAACGGGCACUGCACCAGUUCCAGGUUGGCAAAAUGGUUAUCCAUAUGGCAUGGGAUUCAACAUGCAGUAUUAUUCUAAUGCAAUGCCUGUGCCAACAUUUCCCAACUCAGCAAGAUCGGCAAACCCAUUUGACCUUAAUGAUGAAAGAACUCAAGUGCAGGCUCCACCAUUUCCUUCCAUGGCAUCUUUACAAGGUGCACUGCCGAAUGUGUCAGCUGCUAACAGCUUAUUGAGUACUUCAAGUCUUGGUGCCCAGUCUUCGGGUUUGAUGGCACCUCAAUCUCCGUCUUAUGCAUCUGCAGUGUCUCCACAUUCUCCUUCUUUUGUAUCGGACAUGUCUCCUGGUGCAUACAUGGGGCUGCAAGUACAUAAUAAUGUGCUACUAUCCAGAUCACAAGGAGUUGGUGGAUUUGGCAGUGAUGGAGCUAUAUUUGGAUCCUUAAACACAACUCAACAGUCAACUGGAAGAUACUCAGCUCCAAGCACCCCAAAUCCUUUUUCUUCAAUGGGAGGAAACCCUUUUGGAUAAAUCAAAGAGCAAAAAGUUCUUGCAUCCCAUUCUGUCAUUUUCUUUUUGCCCCCAAACAUCUUCAGGAAGAAGGCUGAUAUAUUAUUGCCUGGUGAAGAGUAUAAGAAUAUUACAAAUGCUAAGAGAAGCGCAUGGAGAAAUUCAUCCCAGACCAAGAUUCUCUUCAAGAUCAUGGUAGUUUCAGAUCAACUUAUUUCAUAUUUCCUGCUUGCUUAAGGGCUUCCAUCCUUCCCUGUGAUAUGUUUGUCUUCACAUCUUUGUGAUCUUGCCUUCUGCUGUCACCAAGAUAAUACUGAACUGAAGCUAGAGCUCUUUGAUUGGUGUAAAUAUGAAAUGCUAUAUAUUUUUCAUUCAAAAAACUUGAGAAAGAGAACCAGGGCAUUACUAUAAUGAUAUCACUUUAUGAGAAAUCAUUGCAU